AUGGAGACACAAGAAUGGAACCUGGAUCCACAGGAGGACUCACAGGUGUUGAAGCGGGGGGCCUCGAGCAACUCCAGUAUUCUGCCGAGCAAGCGGAUCCGAUUCCGAUCCAAGACGCCUCCGAAUGAUCAUGGAGAUGGGGAUCCAUGGGAUCCCAUGGACUGGGAGUGGAAGGAUGAUUAUGGCUGGGUCAAGAAGGAGCCAUCGGAUGAGGCUUGCGACAAGGGCGAGCCCGGCACAGAGAAUGAUGGUGAUGGCCGCCAACGGUUGACUGAGGUUGUUAGU